CCUGAGCGAAAGCCUAUUCACCCCGGAGAAACAUUAAGAACAGAAUACUUAGAACCUUUAAGCAUUUCAGUCCCAGAGUUAGCGCAACAGCUCCAAGUAGAAGAACAAAUUAUCCAAGAAUUACUAGCCGAAAAAGCAAACCUAACUAUAAUUAAACCAAAAGAAGCCUUAAAUGACGAAACUAAAAAGCAAUGUAUCGCUUGUCAAGAAUUACUUGACUUCUUAGAGCCAGAAGUAGGUAAAUAUCUCUGUGGCAAGGUUAAAUGUUUGCGAAGCUACAUUGCCGGCAAAGCCAAAGAAAAGCAUGAG